AUGGUGUAUGGUCAGAUCUUUCCUCAACACAGAUCGGAUGAUUGCUUUAUUAAUGUCAACGUCGGAGGUUUCAAAAAAAGGGUGGAGCACAAUGUUCUGAUGCGAUUCCCACAGACCCGUCUGGGACGUCUCCUGUAUUGCAGAUCCAAAGAAGCAAUCCUGGAGCUUUGCGAUGACUUCUGCCCCUCUGAAAUGGAGUACUAUUUUGACCGCAAUCCACAUUUUUUCUGGUAUGUUCUCAAUUUUUACCUAACAGGCAAAAUCCACCUGGUAGAUGGGUUGUGUGUGGUGUCUUUUUGUCAAGAGAUUGAGUACUGGGGCAUCAAGGAGCAGCACCUUGACUCUUGCUGCAGCAGCAAAUUCCAGGAGUUGAAGCAGAUUGCUGAGGAUAAAGGUUUGGAUCAGUGGAACGAUGAACAGCAGUCGGACAGCUUGGACUCUUCUGCUCAGGAGUUGUCGGAUUUGGCGGACAUUGAAAUGUUUGAAGGCUCCUGGUGUGCAGAUGUUCGCAGGGAUAUUUGGAUCCGCCUUGAAAAUCCGGGGUACUCCUUUUCAGCCAAGGUGAUGGCUCUUGUGUCACUCAGUAUGGUGAUCAUCUCCAUUGUAGCCAUGUGUGUCCACAGCAUGCCUGACUUCCACCAGGUGGAUGCCGAUGAAAAGGAGAUUCAAAACCCAGUGCUGACUUUCUCUGAGAACCUCUGUGUCCUGUGCUUCUCUGUGGAGUUUGUGCUCCGUUUGACAGUUGCACCAUCUGCCAAGAAGUUCCUGUGCAGACCACUCAACAUCAUUGACUUAAUGUCAGUAAUGCCUUUCUACAUCACAAUGGUGUGUGAUGUUGUGAAUGAAGGAGAAAACACAGACUUGGAGAAUGUUGGCAAAGUGGUGCAGAUCUUGAGGCUGAUGCGCAUUUUUCGAGUCCUAAAACUGGCGCGCCAUUCUGUUGGCCUUCGUUCUCUUGGCGCCACAUUUCGACACAGUUCCCGUGAAGUAGGACUGCUGGUCCUUUUCUUGUCUGUGGGCAUUUCCAUGUUCUCUACUCUCAUUUACUUUGCAGAGAAAGACUCUGUAGAGUCUGAGCUUCAAACCAUACCAAUUGGCUGGUGGUGGGCCACUAUCAGCAUGACUACGGUGGGCUACGGGGACACCUUACCAAUUACUCUUGCUGGAAAGGUGAUAGGGACUCUGUGCAUCAUCUGUGGGCUGCUAGUUGUUGCUCUACCCAUCACUAACAUCUUCAACAAGUUCUCCAAGUUCUACCAAAGGCAUAAACAUACAGAUCCAAACUCCAACGAGACUGUUAAGAAAGAGUAAACA